AUGUCGGGUAGUCUACUGGAUGAUGAAAAUAUCAACAAAGCACUCGACUCAACUGUCAAAAAUAUAUUAGGAGAAAUGAAUGUGAUGUUGGAGCGGGUGAAACAAAUAUCAGCACAAUGUUUGGAUACAACUCUGCGAAUCGACACAAUUUCAAUUGAUGUUGGAAAUCUGAAAAAUGAGAAAGCAGUUGUUCAUAAAAUCGUGCGAACUAUAGAACCAGCAGAGGAAUCUCCAAGCAAAAAUAAAAGAGAUAUUCUUGAUAUGUAUGCAGAAAAGGUGAGAUUUUAAUUUUAAUUUUAAAAAAGUUUUCACGAUGACCUGCGACGAAAAUGAGUUGAAUUUUUCUAGAUAAAAGCAAUCAAUACGUCUUCACGGCAUCGAUAUGUUCAUCAAAUUGCUUUAGCUUCAAACUACACACCAAGAACAGAAAUGCUUAUCGAUCCAGAUAUUGAACCAUGUAGUUCACAGAUCUCGACAAAAACCGAUAAAAUUAUUGAGAAAAUUGAUCCAAUUGUGAAAAAAGAAGAGAAAGAAGAUUUCAACACAUCGAUUAACGGUCAUCAUGAAUCUGAAAGCAGCAAAGUUCCAGGUAAUUUAAUUUUUUGAGUUUUGAAAACAAUAUCAAAUCCAGAAUUGAAAACACCACAACAACUUGCUCCACCCAAAAAGCCAAUCUUUGACAGCGAAUCUGAGGAAGAAGAAAACGGUUUCAUCGAUAAAACAGUCACAAAACCUGCAGUUUUAGAAGUGGCUGCUGAAUCAAAACCAGAAAUUAAGCAGAAUGGAAUGUUAGGUGAGAUUUUUAAAAUUAUUUGGAAUUUAUAAACAAAUAAGAUAAUGAUCGGAGAACGUUUUCAAAUAGAAAAAUACUUUUUCAUUGCAAAGUAUUACAGAUAUUCAAAAAGAACUUGCCGCCAAGUUUGCUUCAAAAACUCCACAAGUCACUCAAAGCUUGAUCUCAGAAAAUGAAUCAAAAGCAGAACCACCAAUCGAUCAAAAAUUGCCGAUUCCAUCAUCUGUUCCUGCUCCACCUCCAAUGACAUCUCCGUUACUAAAACCACAAUCGGAGCCAGAAUCUGUGAAUGAACCUGAAAAAAUUGCCGUAUCAGUUCCGGAAGUGAAGACAAAUGGAAUAGCUGGUUAGUUAUUUGAUUUUAAAUGAUUUUAAAUGAACCUUCUUGUUCAGAUUUCAAAAAAGAGCUUGCUGCUAAACUUGCAACUCCAAAAAUACCACAGCCAACAACAGCAAAAUCAUUGUUUUCGGAUAGUGAAUCUGAAGAAACACCGCCACAAAAACCCACCCAAGUUGCUGCAAAACCGGUACAGAAAUCUGAAGUCAAAACAAAUGGAGCUGCUAAACCAGAAAACGUCAAGAAUUCUAUCGAAAAAGAAGUUCAAAUCCCUGUAAAUAAUACAAAACCAACAUCAUUAUCGAACAACAAAAAAGUCGUGACAAAACCGGUUCAGAAGAAGUUCAGCUUGUUGGAUGAUUCAGAUUCUGAUGAAGAUUUGUUUAAUAAAUCUGCAAUUGUUAAAAAGCCUACAAAUCUGCAAUCAUCAAAAAAGCAGCCACCCGUCGAAGUCAAGAAACGUGAGUUCUGUGAAAAGCUACUUUAAAUUAUUAAGUUCAUAAAUUUUCUCAUUCCAGCACCAACUGUUGCACCAUCUUCUGCUUCUACUUACAACAAACCCAUGAAAUCUCUCCUCGAUUCUGAUUCUGAUGAAGAUUCCGAUUCACUUUUCAAGGCCAAAAAGAUUGUCAAUACUCCUGCAAAAUCAAUUCUCGAAUCUGAUGACGACUCAAUUUUUGAGAAGAAAUCACUUUCAUCAAAGGCUGUCGAUAAGAAAACUUCAGAUGUAGCAAAAGAUCUGAAGAAAACUGAAAUUGAAAAACCAUCAGAGAUUAAGAAGAUCGAUAACCAGAAAGCAGUAGAGCCUAAAAAGGUUGGUGACAUUAAUAUGAACAAUAUUUCUGAAGAUGUUCAAAUGUUACAGGGUGCUUCAAAAUCGAUAUUUUUCGAAUCAGAUGAUUCCGAUGAUGAAUUAUUCAAAGUCAAGACAAAGAAAGUGAUUACAGAGAAGCCGGCAACUUCUUCAAUUCAAAAAACAUCUGUUGCUUCGCCGAAUUUGUCAAAUUCCAAAAACCAACAAGAAAUUCCUAUAACUUCCGGAAAAUUGCAGAAUGGUGGUGAACCAAAAGAAAUUUCAAGUUCUUUGAAAGAUUCGGAAUCAUCGACAGUCGAAAUUCCACCAAGUUUGGAAAAAUCUGCAACUCCUGAAAGUUUGGGGAAAAUCGAAAAAUCAGAUUUCACGUCCAAUUUGAAUGCAUUACUUGCCAAAAAACCAGGAAGCAUCCCAAAAACUGAAUCGUCUCCAACAACUUCAGAGACUUCUCAAGAUAGUUUUAGUUCUAUUUUGAAGGUAAGGUGUUUGCGAUUUCAUCUGUUUUAUAUAAUUAUUUAUAUUUCGUAAAAGUUCCAUUUGAAUAAUCGAAACUUGGUUUACAGUCAAAACCGAAAGGACCAAAUCGACGACCAAGAACAACUUCCACACACAACAAAACUCAGGAUCAAUCCCAAAUUCAAAAUCUUGCCACAUCUUCCGAAAUCCCUGCAGAAGAACCAUUUUUCGACCCAUUAUCAUAG